CUGUUGGGGCGCGUAUGCCUGCUGGUUGGGCUGCAGCUACUAUUGGUAUGCUGCCUGGUGGGAGUGAUGGUGUUCUGCCCUGGGUGGAGCUGGGGAAGGUGUCAGGAUGAUAGGUCCUGGUGGGGGCUGGACGUGAAUCAGUGGAAGGGGCGUUGUGUGGGGGAGAUCCGUCCGAGAGCUGGUCUCGACUCGGCUCCCCUGCCCUCUCUCUCUAGUCCACCCACCCCAUCACUGGCAGCCACCAGUCCGUCGCUCGUCAUCCCCUCUCCUCGUGUUCUGGGAGGCCUGGCUGGAGCGACCAGUGGUAUCGUGUCUGGUGGAGAAUCGUUGCUCGCCGCGGACCUGACGGCUGGAGCGGCGUCUCGGGGUUUAUCUGGAGCGGCGCAAGCUGGCGGAGUAGGAGUGGGGGCGGUUGUUGUCAACCCAUCGAGUGGUGACGGCCCCUCUCUGCCACCUGCGUCGUCUGCGCCUCCUCCAUCUGCCCCUAGCGGUGUGAACGGUUCGUCGCAGCCGCGUGGGUCCUUUCGCGAAUCCCUGGUCGCUCGUGUGUUGCCUGGGGAUGUCGUGGUUCCGGCUUCGGACCGGGAUAUUGCAGGUUCGGGUCCUGUCGUGGUUUCGUCGUCAGCUCGUGAUUCCGCAUCAUCGUUGGCUGAGAACGUGUCUUCGUCUGAGGGUCUCGUGUUGAGUACUGGCGUCUCGGCCUCGACUGCUGGUCUCGUUUUGGAGCCUUCUCUCGACUUCUCGUCCGGUGAGGGUCCGUCUGAAGGUACUGCUUUGCCAUCGUUGCCCAUCGCUGAUAGCGGCAACGAGGAAGGCAGCAUUGUUGGCCCCAGUGACCUGCCUGAUCCUGAGUCGCUCGACGUCGACGGCUUUUGCGGCUGGGCUGCCGUUGAGAGCCAGCCUGCUGUGUCGUCUUCGUUGGGUCAGGGGGGCGGUCUGGGAGUGUCUGGUGUCGGACGGGCGGCUGAUCGUCGCUCUCCGCCCGCCCGUCAGUCUGUUGUCGCUGGUGCGGGCCACUCUGCUACUGGUGGCCAUGGUGGGGGCGUAUUUGCUGUCCCUGCUGUUGAGUUGGGUGUUUUGGUGGUCCGAGUUAUCCGAGUGGAUCUUCUACGGAUCGGCGGAGUAGCGGUGCGGCUGCGGCAGCUGUGGGUGACGAGGCUGGCGGUGCACGUCCCAUUCGCACUGUCGCCAACCUGCUCUAUGGCGUCUCCUCUACGGCUGACGAGAGCCUCGCGUCUACUGCAGCGACGGCUGGUUCUUUUGAGUCUGGUGCGGCUGACGGGGAUGGCCCUGUCGCCACCAGAUCACCCCACCCACCCGCCCGCCCGCUUCGGGAGCACUUUGUCGCUCACGAGUUGCGUUUUCGUUCGGUCAUCAACGAUUCCGUCCCCUUCAAUCCAAGUCCCCUCUCCCGGUUCCCCGGCCUCCCGUCUGUUCGUCUGCCUCCGCCACUGGUGCGUGAUAGGCAUGGUCGCGGUGCUGGUGGGGGCAAUGGUGGGGGUGGUGUUGAGAGUGGUUUGGGUGCCGCUGACGUUAAGGGGCAUGAUGGGAAGGUUGAGAGUGCCCGGGUCAACGCUCAGGCCACUGCAGGAAAUGCCGCUGCCGGUUUCGGUGCUGGUGGCCUCUCGGCCCGUGUUGAUGCGGGUGUUGGAGCUCUUGACCAACUCGACACUCAGGCUACUGGAGAAGGUGCCGCUGCCCGUCAUGGUGCUGGUGGCCCUCCGGUGCGUGUUGAGGCGGCUGCCCAACUCAAUGCGACUGCUGGAAGAGGAGAUGCCGCCGCCCACCCUGGUGCUGGUGGGCCCUCGGCCCGUGUUGAUGCGGGUGUAAGAGCUCUUGACCAACCUGCCCCUGAUCUUUUCGUUCGUUCGUCUCGUCGACUUGACCGUCCAGCGGAAACUCAGUUGUCUGUUUUGGAUCGUCAGUCUCUGGGUGUCGCUUCUGGGUCUCGUCCUCGUCCUGGGCCUCGUACUCGUUCUCAUGGGAGUCAGCUUGUUGGUGGUGUUGGUGCUGGGGAGCAGUGUGUCCCCGUCCGUCUGUCUAAGAGAGAUGCUGUCGACCAGCCGGCCUCGCCCGACCAUCCUGGUCCUUGUGUCGACGUAUCACGCCUGACUCAGCCGAAUGGCGGCGGCCCCCCGCGUCCCUUUGGUGCUGGUGGUGUCGUUCAUAUGGGUCAAGGUGAUGAGCAUGUCGACUUCGAGGACGUCAAUGAGGGUGGUGUUGCUGGGCUUCUCGAUGGUGGCGGCCCUCUCGCCUUCGGUGGUUUUGCUGAUGCUUCUCAUGUGGACGAGCCGCACGGGAAGUUUUUCUGACUGCCUGUGUGCGCCGACUGGGCUGAAUUGGUUGCUGGCUGUGUGACUCACUGGUUUGUGUCUCUGAGUGCGUGGGUAUGGGGCUGGCUCGGAGUAAGUGGCAAGGGAAAGAUCGAUGCAUUGCAGCCGGCUGUACGGCGGAUGGCAAGUUUGGCGCGUUUGGCGCGGCUUUAUGGCCGCAUUCUUUCUUGUAUACUCUCUCGCUCUUUUUCUCUCACCUUGUGUGACAGCAGGGUGUGACUUUCUGCUUUGCAGGGACGGAGGGCGGUCAAAGGGACCGCCGCCUUAUCAGUGGCCCGUCUUUUUGUCUCCAGUGCCUGGCUAUCUGUUCGUGUCGGCUUGCUCGUUUAGCCUUGCGUCGUUGGGCAUGUGCAAGGAGGGCAGAGAUAGCGCAUCCGAGCUGGCAUUCUCACAUCCUAGUCUGGGUACUUCGUGCGUGCAUACCCUCUCUCCCCGUAAUCUCCCCGUGGUCUCUUCGUACAUGGCUUGCUUGGCUGUCCCGUCUGUACCUCCAACUGCUUGCCGCUUGUUGCCUGCGUGUGCAUACGUACGUUUGUAUGUCGAUUGUUGUUGCCUGUCUGUCUGUCUGUCAGUCUGGUACACAGUGCGUACAAGUAAGUAUUCAUGUUACGUACAUGAGGAACGGUGAGGACAAGUCUGACCGUUACCCUCUUGCCUGCCUAUCUGCCUACUGGUCUGCGGCCCAGUGGGGGCUUCCCCUGAGAUCACUACUGUCAACGGACAAUGUGCCUCUCUUCCCUGCUGCCAUGACGGGUGAGAGUAUUGUGAUUGACCUGAGAGUGCAGCCCAGCCCAUUUUGGGCAAUUGUGGUUCGUAUUAGUUAAAGGACGCCCUUUCUUCACAGGAGCAGAAGGAUACUUGGGCUGGCACUUGAAGAAGCAGUGAAAUCAGUGAGUGCGGGGUGGGUAUCUGUGUUCGUGCGUCUGUGUUAAAUGUGGCUUCCCUAGAGACAUGAGUGUGCGACGUGCGCGCGGGUACGUAGGAGCGUUGCUGGUGUGCAUGCGGUCAUGGUGACAAGCAACGUAUCGAUUUCGCGGAGAGAAUGCCCAGAAGAAGCAUUCGGACAAACAAACAAACGAUUCCAAACGAAACAAUCUCGCUGCCUGCUGCUCGGUUUGAUCGGAAUGACCGAUUUUGGUCGCUC